GCUCCUCCGGAUGUGCUAUGCCUUACAAAAAAAAUUGAUUGAUUUUUCGGGUCACAGCCCGAUCACAAUACUGUUCCGUUUUUUUGACGAAGUGGGGAGCAAAUCCAUCCUUCCGAGUUCCGAUUCCGACCCAUCCCAAGACUUCUCCGUUUCUCCAUUUCUGAAUCUUUAUCCUUCAAAAGUCAAGUAAUCAGGACGAAGAAAUAGCUUACGGCCAAAAUGGUGGAGCUGGUGGCUGAGAAGCAUGUCCAAUAUGUCAUAUCUGUUGAGAAGAAAAAGGACUCAUUUGAAUCAGUGGUCAUGGAGCACCUUAGGAUGAAUGGUGCUUAUUGGGGGCUGACAACGCUGGAUCUUUUGGGAAAGCUUCAAGUCGUAGAUCAAGAUGAAGUUAUUUCAUGGGUGAUGCAGUGUCAGCACGAAUCUGGUGGAUUUGGAGGCAAUAUUGGACAUGAUCCACAUAUACUAUAUACUCUCAGUGCCGUUCAAGUUUUAGCUCUUUUUGAUAAGAUACAGAUUCUUGAUGUCUCUAAGGUGACAAAUUAUGUUGUGGGGCUGCAAAAUGAGGAUGGAUCAUUUUCAGGAGACAUGUGGGGAGAAGUUGAUACAAGGUUUUCAUAUAUUGCAAUCUGUUGUCUAUCAUUGCUACAUCAGUUGGACAAAAUUGAUGUGGAGAAGGCUGUGAACUACAUUGUGCGAUGCAAAAACCUAGAUGGGGGAUUUGGAUGCACACCUGGUGGGGAAUCGCAUGCAGGACAAAUUUUUUGCUGUGUUGGUGCACUUGCAAUAACGGGUUCUCUGCAUCAUGUUGACAAGGACCUUCUUGGUUGGUGGUUGUGUGAGCGCCAAGUGAAAUCAGGAGGUCUAAAUGGCCGACCAGAAAAGCUUCCGGAUGUCUGUUAUUCAUGGUGGGUACUUUCUAGCUUGAUUAUGAUCGACAGAGUUCACUGGAUUGACAAAGAAAAACUUGCUAAAUUCAUCUUAGACUGUCAGGAUUUGGAGAAAGGAGGAAUCUCAGAUAGGCCAGAUGACGCUGUUGACGUUUUCCACACUUACUUUGGAGUUGCAGGUCUUUCACUUCUCGAGUAUCCCGGGGUUAAAGCCGUAGAUCCUGCCUAUGCGUUGCCAGUUGAUGUGGUGAACAAGAUCCUAAUUAGCUCAUCAUAGCAAAGCCAUAGCUUAGAUUUUUUACGCGGAAUUCGUUUUUCUGUAUAAGAGAGAACAUUGGGCUGUGACAUUGUAUGAAAUUGAUGGAAGAUAUAGUCUUGAAAUCGCGGUGAACUGUCUUGCCAUAUCGUAGUCGAACCCAGCAACUCUGUGUUUAGCAAUUAGCAUGCUUUGAUCUAUCUUUAUCUUCACUGUAUUGCCACUAUUAGCAAGGGCCCAUAUUGGAGAAACAUUUUGUUGAUAA